CUCUGCACUGCUCUUUGUGAUACAGACAGAUUUAGAGGGACUGUUUUGGCCAGCUGUUGACAAGCUACACCAGGGCUCUCUACUCCAGGACAGCCAUGAAAUUUCAAUACAAAGAGGAUCAUCCUUUCGAGUACAGGAAGAAAGAGGGGGAGAAAAUCCGAAAGAAAUAUCCAGACAGGGUCCCUGUUAUUGUAGAAAAGGCUCCGAAGGCCAGGGUUCCAGAUCUGGACAAGAGGAAAUAUCUGGUGCCCUCAGAUCUAACUGUUGGGCAGUUUUACUUCCUCAUUAGAAAACGGAUUCACCUUCGCCCAGAAGACGCACUAUUUUUCUUCGUCAACAACACCAUUCCUCCCACCAGUGCCACCAUGGGUCAGUUAUAUGAGGAUAACCAUGAGGAGGAUUUCUUCCUGUAUGUGGCUUACAGUGAUGAGAGUGUGUAUGGAAAGUGAUUGCACAGAUGGAGAAUCCUUCCAAACUCUACACCAUCUACCACUACCAUCAUCAACCACAUAAGAGAACACCCAACCUCUAGGACUACACAGUUUAUGGAACCUACCAGCUCAGAGGCUGGUUAUUUUGGGAGUCGGGGGGAGGGGGGGGGGGGGGGAGGGGGGUUGGGAUAGCUUAUUUUAAUUUUUGUCAAGGGAUUGGCUUAUGAAGAUGCAGAAGUGGAUUGACACAAUGUAAGAGGAUGUCGUGACUGAGAGAAUCGUAACAUUUCAGUGGGUAUUGGGGUCAGUAAGGGCCGAGAACUUGGGGUAAAUGUGUUUGUAGAGUUGGCUGGGUGGUUCCAUUGGCUGAGCUCUCCACGUUUAGCUUUGUCCCUUUCCAAUUUGCGUGUACACACAUCCUUCACUAAUCCCUCACGUACAUUCCUUACUGGCUCAAUCAUACACAUCAUUUAUACCUUCCCCAUCUGUGAUGUAAUAUACAUCCAUCCCAUGAUAUAUUAUACAGGGAGAUAAACGCCUUUAAUUGGCCGAUUUAUGAAUGUUUAACUAUUUUUUGCGAGAGAUAGAAAGAAAAAAAUGCACCUUUUUAGAAAUUUAGAUCCACAGACAAUAAUCCUUUUCUUAACAAUAAGUCUAAAUCCUUCUAGAACCCUUUAAAGUGAUCCAUAAUCGACCACUGAUCUGAUUUUAUUCACAUAGUAUUUAAAAAUAAGAUCUAGUUAGUUUGAGGAACACAGUGCAGAGAGAGGGGAACUGUGAAGGUAAGUAAAACUUAAAUGAAGUAUUUGCUCAACACAUUAUGAAAUAUAUUCUAUGAAUUUCAUUUGUUUAUCCUUCAAAAUAGCCUAGAAAUCAUCGCAAGCAUGAAUUUCUCUACUUUAGUAAACCUAUGCUUUGUUGCAAACUAGGCUUCAGAAUUCCAAAGGCAAAAGAAGCACAUUGAAUCAAACAUGUACAUGCACUAAAGACACAUGAUUAAGGACAAUAUUGUAAUAUUUAUUCAUCGUAGUCUGUUGGUAUUCUUAUAUAAAAAAAAAAAAAUACAUUUUUGCAGACGUUACUUUUCAUUGUUUUGUGCUUAAAUUAAACAUGUCUUAAAUAUGA